AUGGAUAAGGAAGGAACACAUACUGGAAAGCUUGAAGCUCGAUUAGUCGGGGGAAGGCAGUCGGCGGGGCGCCUUGAAAUUCUGUACAAUGGAACAUGGAAUACAGUUUGUGACGAUGGCUUUCGAGAUGUUGACGCACAGGUUGCUUGCAGGAUGCUUGGCUUUGGAAGCUCAGGUGCUGUGGCUGUGGCCUCUGACACCUUCGGACCGGGUCAAGGCCGUAUUUUACUUGACGAGGUUAACUGUCUUGGAACCGAAACCAGCUUGGAACAAUGCUCCCAUAGCGGCUUUUUUCACCACGACUGUACACAUAAUGAAGAUAUCGGAAUCAGCUGUGAGACCCAGAUCGUAUUACCCGAAGCACGCUUAGUGAGCGGAAGGAGUUGGGAGGGACGUUUGGAAAUUUUGUACAACGGACAAUGGAGCACAGUGUGUGAUGAUCAAUUUGGAACAGAAGAAGCCCAAGUGACCUGCAGGAUGCUUGGCUAUCGCAGGUAA